UUUAGUUAGAAAUCAUAGUAGCUUUCAAAUAGAAUCAAGAUGCAUUGACCCGAAUUUGAAUAUCAAAAUUGAAUAUAAUAAAUCUGAGAAGCAAUCAGAGAGUGAGUUUGAUACACCAUUAGAGCUUUAUGAGGGGCAAGCCUUUCAAACUGUUGAUAAAACAUUUGUUGUAAUUGAGACCUUUGCCUAUUCACAUAGAUUCGGAAUUCAAAAGGAGCGUGUUGAAAAAGAUACAACUGGUCAUGAAAUUUCAAGAUCAUUUUUAUGUUAUCAUGCUGGAAAGCCAUUAACAGAAAAAAAAUCAUAUAAGACAGAGGAAUCUGGAUCAUGUCGUACUGAUUGUAAAUAG